AUGAUGUAUCCUGGAAAAGUGAGCCUCGACUUAUAUAUCCAACAAAUGAGCCGACAAAGUCAACGUGACGGCGCCGCAAUAACGCUAGUGUACCCCAACAUUCGACCGCCAAGCCGUUUGGUUACGGACUUCCUAAGACUCGAAAACCAAUAUGGACAACUGCGGAAUCUGACAAGGCUCCCUUGGAAUCACUACUUCAAAUACUAUCGUGAUUGCGCAAAACUUUCCAGUAACAUUCAUACAUCAACUGGCGCUCUUUUAACAUCACUGAAGAUUUGA